CUCCCGGCCUCCGUCGCCAUUGCCGCCUCCUCCCUCCCGCCCCGAAACCUCUCGUCGGCGUCCAAUCCGCCGCCGAUCCUCCGGUGUCCUCGGUCAGAUCCGCGGGAUCUGGGGGUUCCGUAGAGGGCGUCGCGGGAGGGGCGGGGCUGUAGGCGUAGCCUUCCUUCCGGUCGGAUGCCGCGCGACCUGUCGCGGUCGCGCUCCCCGCCGCCGCCGCGCCGGCGCCGGCGCUCGCCGUCUCCGCGGUACCACCGCGGGCGUAGGCCCCGCAGGGACCGCAGCCCCAGCCGCAGCAGCAGGUCCCCGUAUCGCUCCUCCUAUAGAAGGAAGAGCCCUUCAUCUUCCCCAAGACGUCGCAUUAGUCGUUCUCCAUCUCCCAGGAGAUACAAAAGUCGGUCUCCAUCCCAAAGACACUACAGAAGAAAGAGGAGUCGGAGUGUCACUAGCUCUCCAGUUACCAAAUCUCAAAGUCCUCAUGUUGGGCGUGGGCCAGCAGAGAAUAAGAAUCCCGUUGAUAAGCAAAGGCUAGAAGAAGAAAAGAAAAGGCGUCAAAAAGAAGUUGAGCUAAGACUAUUAGAGGAGGAAACUGCAAAAAGAGUUGAGCAAGCUAUUAGGAAACAAGUUGAGGAGAGUUUGAAUUCUGAGGAAAUCAAACAGGAAAUACAAAGACGGAUUGAGGUAGGGCGAAAGAGGAUACAUGAGGAGGUAUUAGUCCAAAUUGAGAAAGAAAAGGAAGCAGCCCUGGUUGAAGCUAAGCACAAAGCGGAACGCGAAAGGAAAGAGCGAGAAGAACUAGAGAAAAAGCUCGAGGAAGAGCGGAAGAAAGCUGAGGAAGCUCAGAUGAAGGAAGCAAUGAAGCAGCAGCAGAAAGAGCUAGAACGGUACCAGGAGCUAGAGAGGCUCCAGAAAGAGAGGGAGGAAGCCAUGAAGCGGAAGCAGAUGGAGGAAGAGCAGCAGAAGCAGAACCAGAUGAAGCUGCUGGGCAAGAACAAAUCGCGCCCAAAGCUGUCGUUUGCGCUUGGAAUGAAGUAGAAUCGGUUUGCCUGGAGAAAUUUAGUGUCUUAGUCGAUGUGUAUUUUGUAUCAGCCUAUCUCUGUCUGAAACAUCUCUUGCUGGUAAAUCGUGCAAACAGAUUUCAUUGUGGUAAGAAGGAAGUUCUCAAA